AUGCUAUUGGAUGAUGUUUUCACAUCGUCCAGUAGUAGUAAUGACAGUGACGGUACACUUGAUGAUCUGGAAGAACUCAUUCUUGACAAUGGUAAUCGUCGAAGGAUUCCUCGUAUUCAAAAUUUCGUUGAGACAGUUAUUGUCAGGUACACGAACGUGGAAUUUAAAGAACACUUUCGCAUGAAUCGCACUACUUUUGAGUAUUUACUUUUUUUAAUGAGACCAGAUGUAGAAGGAGAAUUACGCGAGUUUGGAGGAGUAACAAUAAAUCCAGAAAAGCGAUUGUACAUUACGUUAUAUGUACUAGGAACUCCGGAUUCUUAUAGAUCAGUGACAACAAAAUUUGGAGUGGGUAAGGCGACUGCUCGGCGUGCCGUAAAAAGAGUUGUCAAGGCUCUUUGUAAAAUGAGAACGUAUUUUAUUCGAUGGCCGUCUCAUAGGGAGGCUUUGGAAACCGCCAUGCGGAUUGAACAAUGGUACAAAUUUCCUGGAGUUAUAGGGGUAGUAGAUGGCACUCAUAUAAACAUUGCAGCACCAAACACAGAUCCUCAGGCCUACAUCAAUCGCAAAGGACAUCACUCACUACAAUUACAAGUGGUAUGUAAUGAUAAAUUAGAAUUUAUCCACUGCUGCGCAGGUCUCCCUGGGUCGGUCCACGAUAUGCGUGGAUUCAAAUACUCUGGCAUACAACAAAGGUAUGCGGAGGAGUAUUUUCCGGAAGACACUCACCUUUUGGGUGACUCUGCGUACACUUUGCAAAAAAAAUUAAUUACACCGUAUCGGAAUGAUGGACGUCUGAAAACACGUUGGAGAUAUUUUUUGGAUAAACUACCUAUGAAACGAACUGAUUUGAUUCCGUAUUAUAUACUGGCCGUUUGUAUAUUGCACAACAUAUGCAUAAAAAAUGAAGAUACCUUCGAAUAUCCCAUCAUCAUACCAGAUAAUAUAGAUGAAAAUGCUGAACCACUCCAAUGA